CCCUCUCUACUUUUCCGUGGAAACGUACAGAGACGCCGAUAGGGGGAUUCCCGCGAAUUUCAUCAGUGAUCCAAGGAUCCUGAUCAGUAGCCAUUGCUCAGAAUUAGGUUCGCUUGAAAAAAUAUCAUCCAUCGAAUACCAAACUUUGAAUAUCAGAAUGGCUGAUGAAUGGGAAGACAGUCCAGGUGUUGUGAGUGGGGAUUGUCACAAUCAAGGACGCAGUUUUGGGGCACGUGAAUGGAAGAAUUCGACGAGGGGUGGCAGAAGGGAUGAUGGAUAUAAUAAUCGUCGACAAAAUGAUUACAACAAUCGUGGAGGAAAGGGGUACAAUAAUCGAGAAGAAAAUGGUUACAAUAAUCGAAGGGAUGAUGGAUACAAUCGAAGAGAUGGACAGAAUUCUCGCCGAGAAAAUGGAAGUUAUAAUUCUGGACAGGACGAUUUGGUGAUUUAUGUACCUCAGCAGAUGGUAGGAAAAGUCAUUGGUCGUGGGGGAUCCAAAAUUAAAGAACUCCAGGAUGAGAGUGGAGCUCGAAUAAGUAUUGAUAAAUCAUCCCACGGAGGAGACGCCUCGGUGAAUAUCAAAGGUGACAAGGAGUCCCAGGAGCGUGCAAAAGCUCUCAUAGAGGAACUAACUGGAGAUCAGCAGUCUCAAUCGUCAUCCUCAUACUCCUCCUCUCGGCACACUACGAAGACAAGCAACGAAGCUUCUUCUCGUGCACCAGAUCACUCCUCUUCAGCUCCAGCAGCCCCAGCUACUGGGGAACCUGAUAUCUUAGACUUUGGAGACUUCGAUUGGACAAAAGCCAACGAAGAACAUACGAAAUUUCAGGAGGAGCGUUGGAAAAACCUCAAGCCUAUGAAGAAAGACUUCUACGUGGAGCUGCCAGAGGUACGAGAUCUCACUGAUGAGACCAUUGAUCAGAUUCGUGCAAGCAAGAAUAAUAUCGAAUGUCGCAGAGUGUUCGAGAAGGAGGGCGAAGUUUUCAAAGUGCCCAAUCCAAUUACAGCAUUCCACCAGGCAUUUCAUAAUUACCCUGAAAUUCUUGAUGAAAUAAAAAAGGCUGGAUUUGCUGAACCUAGUCCUAUUCAGUGUCAGGCCUGGCCUAUUCUCCUCAGUGGCAGGGAUAUGAUUGGCAUUGCCCAGACUGGAACUGGAAAGACCCUUGCCUUUUUACUGCCAGCUAUGAUUCAUAUCGAUGGACAACCGGUUGCUCGUGAUCAGAAGGCAGGACCAAACGUUCUCAUCAUGGCGCCAACACGCGAAUUAGCACAGCAGAUUGCUAAAGAAGUAAGCAAAUACGAGUACAGAAAUAUCAAAGCAGUUUGUGUUUACGGUGGUGGAUCACGCCAGGAACAAAUGGCAAAAGUCGACAAAGGUGUUGACAUUGUAAUAGCGACACCAGGAAGAUUAAACGAUCUCGUUAAUUGUGGCUCCCUUAACGUCACAGAUGUAACGUAUCUUGUACUGGAUGAGGCAGAUCGAAUGCUGGAUAUGGGAUUCGAGCCUCAGAUACGCAAGACUCUGCUGGACGUUCGUCCUGAUCGUCAGACCGUUAUGACCAGUGCCACUUGGCCUCAAGGUGUACGCAGGCUUGCCCAAUCUUAUAUGUGUGAUCCCAUUCAAGUCUGUGUUGGAUCCUUAGAUCUUGCUGCCACUCACACUGUCAAGCAGACAAUUAUCAUCUGUAGGGAUGAGGAGAAGACUGAUAUCCUUCGAGAAUUCUUCGAUACCAUGAAGAAGGAUGACAAAGUCAUUGUUUUCUUCAUGAGAAAGACUCGAGUUGAUGAUUUGUCGAGUGAACUCGCUCUUGCUGGGGUUCAAUGCCAGAGUAUUCAUGGAGGGCGUGAUCAGCUUGACCGAGAGCAAGCCCUCGAAGACAUUAAAACGGGUGAUGUUAAAAUUCUUCUCGCCACUGACGUCGCAUCUCGCGGUAUCGAUAUCGAGGAUAUUACCUAUGUUUUUAACUACGACUUCCCCAGGGAUAUUGAAGAGUACGUCCACAGAGUCGGAAGGACUGGACGUGCUGGCAGGACAGGGGAGAGCAUAAGCCUCAUCUCCAGGGGUGACUGGGCACUUGCCAAGGAACUCAUUGCCAUCCUCGAGGAGGCCAGCCAGGAAAUACCUGACGAACUUUACAGCAUGGCUGAGAGGUACCAAGUAUGGAAGAAGAAGAAGGAAGAGGAGAGGGACGACGUGAGAUCCUAUGGAGGAGGCAGUGGACGUUAUGGAGGUGGUGGUAGAGGAGGUGGCAGAGGUGGCGGUAGGCGAGACAAAUGGUAAUUUUCACCAUUUAUGAGGAUUCUAAAUUAGAUUUUAUAUUCACACUUCAGGACAAGUUAAUCGUUAAGUUGGAUGACUGAGAUUUCAGGCUUACCGUUUUUCAUAAUUUAUGCAUAAAUUAUUGGGUUUGUGCAUGACAUUUUUUGUAAUUUUUCACAAUUACAAUUAGAUGGGAAAUUCCAGGAAUUAAUUUCUCGUGCGAAAUAUAACGGAGAAUUAAAGUUAUCCAGUAGCAAAUGGGUUAUUAAAAACUCGUUUUUCAUUAUUUAUGAAUAGGAAACAUGAGUUUCUGUCAUUUAACAUAUCCAGCUGUAAAAAAUUUCAUGCAGAAUCUCAAUCGAGGAGUAAAUUCACUUUUUAACUAGUGAAAGCUAAAUAUUUUCAGUUUCGAGUACGACACCUGUGAUUUACGUUAUUUCUAAUAAGGAUUAUUAUUUUUUUCGUUCGUACUUUUUUUUUAAGUCAGAGACUUUUAUUUAUCUUAUAUACCGAUGCUUAUGGUAAGUUGGGAAAUAUUGUUGUUGAAUAAUAUAACAAAGCCGACUCGACAGUGAGAAAAAUUAUUGAGACUUUGACGAUUGGGUAUUUCUCUGUUUAUUGAAACAGGAAGAAAGCAUAGAAGUUAUUCUAUUGUUACAUAAUAUUUUGUAACUCAUAAUGAGGGCAACAUAUGAAAAGGUAUAACAGAUAUAUAAAGGAAAACAUAUGCUGUAUAGAAGUGGUUAUUACUUAAAAAGUUUGUAUUUCAUAUAUUCAUUUUUCGUACAAAAAUAAACAAAGAAUACUAGGGCGAAUUACGUCUAA